AUGGAAGACGUGACCUAUUCCAUCUCGGUUGUAUUCAUGGCAGCAUUCUUCGUGGUGACGUACAUUAUGCUUGCCAAAGGGGCGGGUCACCAUGCCUGGGACCUGACGACAACCCAGUACCAGAUCCUCAUGAAGUGGCUCUACAUCACCAGCGUGUUUUAUUGCCCAGCAGCUUAUUUCAUAAAAGCAACUCUUUUACUUCUCACAGCUCGCGUGUUUGCGGCCUACGAGCAAGCGUCGCGAGCAAUUAAGUGGUUCGUUGUGGUGCUUGCCAUACUCUAUAUCCCGAUCCAGUUCAUCAAGAUGUUUGUGUGUGUCCCUGUGGAGUCGUUCUGGAACCCUAGCGUCGAGCCGACACGGUGCCUCAGCCAGGCCAAAGCAUUCAUUUUCGACCUGUCCCUGGCAAUUCUGACAGAUGCCAUCAUCCUGGUCAUUCCCAUCGCGUUGACAUGGCGGCUCAGCAUGCCGCUGGCUCAGAGGCUCAAGAUCGCAGCAAUGCUGAGCGCAGGCGGUGUAGCACUGGGUGUAACUACAUUUCGAAUGUACCUUCUGUCAGGGUACCUGGUAACGACAGACAUUACCUCCAAGUUUGUCUACUUGGACACUACAGUGUGGGUCAUCUAG